GUUUAUUUAUUAUUAAACCAGUGUCGAUAAUUGUUUACUAUCGAGAUAAACAAUAUAUCAUUUAUCUCCAAACAGUGUUUGAUUGUAAACUUCAAAUAGUGUUCGUAAUUGGAAAAUACUGCUGUGUUUGACUGACGACGUUUCGUAGAACAUAACCUCAAAAGCUUUCAAACUUUCCAAACAUUUUCAAACCUUUAAUAACAGAAAUAUUUGUGGAUUAAAAUGUUUUCUUCGGACCAUUUUGACAUUUCUAUUUGGAUUGGUUUUCGAAUUACUGAUCUUCGAUACAGAAGACUUAAGAUUGGGAAUUAUUUUCUGCAAAUAGUUAAAAAUCUGCCUCAAACAUAAUGUCGACUGGCUAUUAUGUGAGCGAAGCAUUAAUUAAAUUGCAAUAUGAACGAAUAGGUAUUUUAGAAGAUAUUUGUGAAGAGGUUGAGCAACGUUUUGGAGUCGAAAAAUCAAAAUGGGAAGCUGGUUUUUCAAAAAAUGACAUUAACGUGCGACUAGAACGAGUAAAAGCAGUUUGGGAUAAAUUUGAGGCUACAUAUGAAAAAUUAUGCGAAUCUGGUCCUGAUGAUUCUAACUUUUACAAACAUUCGAGGACUCGUCCUUUACGCUCUCAUCAUAAUUUGUAUAUGAAAACACUUUCCAUGUUGAUCACACUUAAGGAAUCAUUCGAUAAUUAAAAUAAUGGGUGAUAAAGAAAUCAUUGGUGGAUAAAAUUUUUGCCAUCAAUUCGAUAUUUUCAUUAAAAAUGUUAAAGCAAAAAUUGCAUUUCAAUAUCCAUCGAUUUCAUUUUUCGUUUACGGCUGAAAAGUCAUAUUUCUUUACGAUUUUCUAAUCGGUAAAAGAAAUCAUUGCACUGGAUAAAAUUUUUGCCAAUUCGAUAUUUCCAUUAAAAAUUUUAAAGCAAAAAUUCCAUUUCAAUAUCCAUCAAUUUUAUUUUUCGUUGAAGACUAAAUUAAAAAAGAACAUGUUCUUUACGUUAAUAAUUUACAUUGAAUUGUUAACUUUAAAAAAAAUAUUGUUUAAAAAUAAAAAGAAGAUAAUUUGAAUAUCUUUACUUAAUAUAAUGUUUACUCUUAUUAAUAAUAAUGUAUCAAUUUUGUAACCAGUGUUUAUAAAAAAAUAAAAUUAAUUUUCGUAC